AUGGCUUCCACAAUCACGAACGGCACGGAGCACCCCCCAGCAAAGCCGAUCCAACUCUCGUUCCCGCUCCCGCGCUCUCCCCAUACCCGGAUCCACAUGCAUCUCACCGUCCUGACAACCUCCAUCCUGCUCUUCCUGACCACAACAGCGGCCGACACGUCAAGCAGUGGCAGUCCCAUGGGCAGCUUCGUCUACGCUAUGCCAAAUCGGACGUCCCCCACAGCCCAGCCCCUCAGCACCGCCCUCUACACACAGUCACAAACCCUGGACUUCGCAACCCGCCUCGCCAAGAUCCUCGCUCGUCGCACCGGCAAACCAACCUACGUCGGCAACUCGAUCUCCUUCGCUGGUGCCGGCCUUGGGGGGACCGUGGAGGAGGAAAUGGAGGGUAUGGGCAAGGUCGUUGAGGUCGUGCUUGCUGAAGUCGGGAGGGCGAGUCAGCAGGAGGACGGGACGUGA